CUGUUAAUCCACGGUACAAUCCAGUCGCGCUAUAGUACGGCGAAGUGAGCGCUUGUGUGCGUGUUGCUGCGAUCAGUUACUUCCCAUCGAAAGGGUGCCAUCAAAUUGAUUGAUCAUUAUAACAAUUUUUUUUCUCGAUUUAGCCCUGCCUGAGACCGUUGGUGCACGAUGCUGUGGCGACUUGGGCUGCUGUUAGGUCUUUGCCUAGUUCUGACGCGAUGCGAAGACGAGGUUAUCAAAUGUACCGGUGGGGAGUGCGUUAAGCUUCACCUUUGUCCUAAUGGCGAAUAUAACAUGGAUGGUUCAAAUAUCAUUGACAUUCGCUUCAAUCCCGACAACGAGUGCGAAGACUAUCUGCUAAAGUGUUGCCCCUAUGAAGAUGAAGAUGAAAUCGUGGUUCCUCCGGGAACGGUACCGGGGACGGCUCCAGGAACGAAUACAGGUCCAGUGACGGUGCCUGAUGCGGGUCCAGGUGCAGGAUCUGUUCCUCCCGAUCAUGGAACUGGCCCUGUACAACCGAUUCCGGGUGGUGAUGGACAGCUGGGAACUGGUAAUAAGCCAACGGGAGGCGGAGGUGUGGGUGGUGGUAAACCUCAUCAGGGUCAUCAGGGUGGUCAGGGCUAUGGGAAAGGGCAAGGACAAGGAGCUGGAGGUUGCCAGGGUAAUAAAUCCUGCUCGCGGCCUGGUUCAUCUCCUUCAAGCGAUGAACAAGCGGUGUUAGUUGGUGUGAAUCAAAUUGCUGGCAGUGGUGGUGGUACUGCUGCUAAUCAGGUAAAGGACCCCACACAAAUAACGCAGGUGCAGGGUGGUGGUCCACCUGUUGGAGGAACCGGCACAAAGCCAGGAUCUCCGGGAUCUACCGGUGUGAACCAACCGGCUGCAGGUGGUUCGCAACCUGGCAGCGGAGUAGUUAAACCAUCUACGGCACAAGGCACUGGUACGCCAGGAACCGGAGCAGGUACUGGACAACAACCAGGAGGAGCAGGUACUGGACAGCAACCAGGUGGAACAGGUGGAUCUCCUGCCCAAAAACCAACUGUUUCGAAUCAGGUAAAGGACCCCACACAAAUAGGGCAGGUGCAGGGUGGUGGUCCACCUGUUGGGGGAAGCGGCACAAAGCCAGGAACUCCGGGAUCUACUGGUGUUAACCAACCGGCUGCAGGUGGUUCACAACCUGGCAGCGGGUCAGCUAAACCAUCCACGGCACAAGGCACUGGUACGCCAGGAACCGGAGCAGGUACUGGACAGCAACCAGGUGGAGCAGGUGGAUCUCCUGCCCAAAAGCCAACUCAAGGAGCUGGAGGAUCUAGUGGUCCUACUUCUGGAGGAUCCGGUGGAGUACCUGGAGUAGGUGGAGGUGCUCCGACGACCAGCCAACAAGCGGGUAGUGCAUCGCCUUCCCAAUCUGGAGUAACCGGUCUCAAUGCUCCCGGCUCGGGAGUAACCCAGGGAAAACAACCUGGAGGCGCUGGACCUGACCAACAUCAUUCGGGCUCGGGAGGUGUUAAGAAUCCUGGUGCUGGUGGUGGCUAUAACAGUGGCGUGAUCAAUACUAAACCAGAUAAAGUAGGCACCGCUACGCAGAAUCCUUUAGAUAAAACAGUCGACAGACCACAUACGUGUGGUCUGCGCAAUGCGGACGGUGUCGGAUUCCGCAUUACCGGUGACAACGAUGGCGAGUCAGAGUACGGAGAGUUCCCGUGGAUGGUGGCGAUUCUUAAGGAGGAGAAAGCCCUGGAACAGGUCAUCAACGUCUACCAGUGCGGUGGAUCUCUGAUUCAUCCGUCGGUCGUCCUGACGGCUGCACACUGCGUUCAGAACAGAAAAAUGGAAGAGGUGAAAGUACGACUUGGCGAGUGGGAUACGCAAACCAAGAACGAGAUGUUUGACUACCAGGAUCGUAACGUUGUGGAGAUCGUGUCCCAUGCCGAAUUCUACAAAGGAGGCCUUUUCAACGAUGUAGCGCUGUUGUUCCUGGACAAACCGGCCGACCUAAUGGAGACGGUCAACACGAUCUGUCUUCCGCCAGCAAACCAUAACUUUGACCUGUCGCAGUGCUUUGCCUCCGGCUGGGGUAAGGACGUGUUUGGAAAGCAGGGCACUUAUCAGGUGAUUCUGAAGAAGAUCCAACUACCGAUCAUGCCCUACGAGCAGUGCCAGACGGCGUUGCGCACCACGCGUCUUGGAAAGCGGUUUAAGCUGCACAAGAGCUUCAUCUGCGCCGGUGGCGUGAAGGGUCGGGACACGUGCAAGGGCGACGGUGGCUCACCGUUGGUUUGUCCGAUCCCGGGUACGGACAAGCACUACUAUCAGGCCGGUAUGGUAGCGUGGGGCAUUGGAUGUGGCGAGGAUGGAAUUCCCGGCGUCUACGUGAAUGUGCCAAUGUUCCGCGGAUGGAUCGACGAUCAUCUGCGGCAGAGGAAUAUUACUGACAGCUUCUACCUCUAUUCGUGAACUGAUGCGUAACGCACGCUUCACACUGUUGGCCUGUAUCCUGCAAUACUGUGUACACGCUCAUGACUCGAAGCGUGUGAACGGAUAUAAUGCAAGAGACGAUAAAUUAACUAGAACAACACAUUGCAUGAGUUAUUGGUAAUAAAAUUAAAGGAAUAAAGUGGAUACGACUUCCGAGAACUAUCUUUACAAUGUUUAUUGGUCGAAGGAUCAAGAACGACUGACAUAAGAUGGCUUCGUAUGCCACCAAAAACAGAGUUGCCAAACUGACAACGACAACGUGAAAAUAAACAGGAUUCCACAAUAAGGUUACAGAUAUUGUAUCCCAACAAUUGGGAUAGUACAGGCAGCCCCCGAUACGCUUUAAUCCGGGAAAGAUCCGCGUAACUGCGUAUAUUGAAGCCUGAAGGAUAUUGAAUUACACAUUUGACUUCUUUUCACUGCCGUAUUGAGCUUUAUUUGUUUAUUCUGCUAACCAGGCGAGAGAAAACUUUAAAAUUUCAUGGUUAAAUUUCAAGGUUUUCAAAUUAAACAAGGUAUUUUCGACCAUUGUAAUCGACAGAUUUUAUAAUAUACUUUAACUUAGCUAUCAAAUUUCCAAAAUCCGCGCAUCUC